GGCACGGGCGGCUCGGCCGGUGCGGGGGGUCCCGGGGAGCUGGGCGGGCAGCGGGGCCGCCGUGAGGGCUCGGCCGGAGCCCGUGCUCUGCCCCUGAUCGCCCGGCUGCCCGCACCCACCAUCGCCGCCUCCCUGUUGGGUGGGAGUGCGAGCAGAACUCGCCGUUCCCCGCUCUGUGGGCACCAUCAGCGCGGCCGAGGGUUUCCCGCUGCUCUCCCGCCCCUCAGCGCCGCUGGAGCGUCUGAUCUGCUCCUGCCCCUCGGCCUAUGGUGGAUUCACUCUUUGGUGAUGGCCGGUGCUGUUGAUGCCACAAACUGUGAGGAGAAACAGCUUCCUAAUAAGAGAGAAACUAUGAUCUGGAAGCCCAGAAAAGAAUGUUUGCUGGACAACAUUCCAAAUGUUCCUGACAGCAAGUCUGAGGAAAGUGAAGCCUCUGAUGCCUCUCACAGUGAAGGUGAUGACAGUGUCUCUCCUGAUGACUGGUACAACGUGCAUUUUUACCUGGAUGAGGAGGAUGAUGAAGUCUACAGUAUACCUGACUCUCCAAAGCUGCAAAGUGCUUCUGAGUACGAGGUGGAGGACUGGGAUAAAGAAUUGGAGGAGUCUGCAUAUGGUCCUUAUGAUGCUGAUGAUCUGUCCUGUGGAAGCUUUCAGGAAAAUAAUGUUUUGGCCUCAUAUGUGUGGAACGAGGACUGGUUUUACUCCCCAGGCUGUCACCACACAGCUUGCUUUGUUUCUCCACCACGAGUCAGUACAAGAGUUGAGAGUGGCCAGUUUGAUGAUGCAGAUGAGUGAGGCUGACCCUGGGCAGAAGUAAGUUUGGCUUCUGAGUUGGAAUGUGUUCUUCACUGACUGAGCUGUGUCAAGUCCCUUAGUUUGCUUGCAGAGUUCUGCCCAAGGCCAGAAAUGUGACACCACCUCCCAAGUUUUGCUCAGGUGCUGCUGAGCUGUUCUAAACUGCCCCCACUGGGCUCUGGAGACAAGAGUGCAGUGCUGGCUGUGACAGUGCAUUUCUGGAGGUUUUGUUUGUAUUCUGUAGAUCUAUGUUGUUACUAAUUAAUUGCUUGAGAAGAAGUGUUCAGUUUCUAAACUCAGACUGUUUACUUGCAGGGCUUUGUGAGUUUUGACAUGCUGGUCUCUGUGUGUCUGUGUAACUUAGUUCCUUUUCCUUUUCACCUGAUGCUGUCAGAUGGGUUUGGAGAACUUUAGAAACUCUCCCUCCUUCAAGCUUCUCUGUUGUAUUUCCUUGUGGUUUCAGUUCCCAUUUGUGAUUCUGAUACUGCUUUUCAACAAAAUUAGCUGUGGCAAAUACAGA